CAAAGCAAAGAGACGUUCUUUCCACCACAUUUUCGUCUCGGAGAACAAAAUAGAGAGGAAAAAACAUCCAAAGACAAAGACGGCCUUUUAAGCUUUACGCUAUGCUUGCGAAUUUUGGCUUCGUUUUUCUCUCAAAUCCGCACCGCGACGAAAAAAAACCAGAGAAACUCCAACUUUCUGCUCUCCCCGGAAGUUAAAAAUUAAUAAAUUUAUUCAUAUUUUUUCUUUCUUUGUUGUCAUGUUGCUUGAUCCUCCUCUGGUUUUCUUGUUCGAUCGGAUCUGAAGCUCUUCAGUGAAAUCCAAAAGAUAAAAAACAGAAACAGGGACCCCCUCUAAGUUGUUUCACUUUCUCCGUGAGCUCUCGCGCUUUGGGUCUCUCGCUCUCUCUCAUUGUGCCCACCAGCCAUGCGAGAUUGCUUGCUGUCGUCAGCUUUCUCUCUUCUCUGAUCAGUUGAAUUUUGCAGUGAUAGUGCCUGUGUGAAAGCCAUGGGGUCACUGGUUGAUGGGGUUAAUUCUUUGCCGAAAAUUCGCGAUUCUGCACCGCCCGAGGUAGGCAAGAACCCUCCUUCCACAACUGGGACUCCUCGUCCUUCUCAGCCUUCAUCUCCAAAACAAUCAAGAAGCGAAGGGGUUUCGUCGCCAUCCUGCAUGACUGCGCAUACUUAUUCAGUGAAGACAGACAGCUACUCAAAUGGUUCUGUAAAUAAUCAAAAGAACCCCAACAAGACAACUAAUCAUAGCAUGCAGCAGGAACAGUUUCUUCAUAUGGGGAAACACUACCACAAUUCGAAUAAAGGAACACUCGAACAUGGAGGCCCAAAUGAUGUUCUUAACAAAUCAGCCGAAACUUCUUAUCUGAACAAGGUUUCCGUGCUGGAAGCAAAAUCAAGUUUCAAGCAUCCAGUUAAUGAUUGUGAUUCGAGUAGAUAUCUGGAAUCUAGUAAUCACAGUUUGGUUCCUUAUAAAGAAGUAGCCGGGCAGACAAAUAGCCACCUCAUUUCUCACUGUGCAAGCCCUCAGAACAGUUUAUAUUCUGCCUCACUGUAUUGUGAAGCCAAGCAGAGUUUCACCAAUACAGAAGUCAGUGAAUGUAUCAGCAGUGUGGAGAAGUCUGUUGAAAGCAGCGAAGUUACUAAUUCCUGUGAUCUUAUUGAGAGCAAGACGACCAGCAUCUAUAGAGGCAGCACUGACAGUGAUGUUAGCGAUGAGAGCAGCUCCAGUAGUUUGAGCAAUGCCAUGUACAAGCCCCACAAGGCAAAUGAUAUUAGUUGGGAAGCGGUGCAAGCUGCGCGAUCUCAUCAUGAUGGAACACUGGGUAAGGAGCAUUUCAAGUUGCUGAGGACACUGGGAUGUGGAGAUAUAGGCAGCGUUUAUUUGGCUGAACUGAUUGGCACUAAAACUUAUUUCGCCAUGAAGGUUAUGGAUAAAGCAUUACUGGCAAGUAGGAAAAAACUUCUUAGGGCUCAGACAGAGAGGGAAAUACUGCAAUCUCUGGAUCAUCCUUUCCUGCCAACAUUGUAUACACACUUUGAGACUGCGAAGGUAUCUUGUUUGGUGAUGGAGUUUUGUCCCGGGGGUGACCUGCAUGCACUCAGACAAAAACAACCUGGGAAGCAUUUUUCGGAGCAUGCUGCUAGGUUUUAUGUGGCUGAAGUUCUUCUUGCCUUGGAAUAUUUGCAUAUGCUCGGGAUCAUUUACAGAGACCUCAAACCAGAGAAUGUUUUGGUGAGGGAAGAUGGACAUAUAAUGCUUUCAGAUUUCGACCUUUCUUUAAGAUGUGCCGUUUCCCCCACCCUGGUAAGAUCUUCAAACUUAAGUUUGGAGACAAGGAAAUCAGCAUAUUGUGUUCAGCCUGCAUGCAUCCAGCCAACUUGUGUAAUGCAGCCGAAUUGCAUUACGCCCACAUGUUUUGGUCCACGCAUUUUCAAGGGCAAACCCAAGAAAGAUAAAAAGAUCAAAGUGAAGAAGAAUGAUAAUGAUGUAUACAAUCAAGUGAGCCCUCUCCCUGAACUCGUUGCAGAACCGACAAGUGCUAGAUCAAUGUCCUUUGUGGGAACACAUGAGUACUUGGCGCCUGAAAUCAUUAAAGGUGAAGGCCAUGGCAGCGCUGUAGAUUGGUGGACCUUUGGGAUCUUUCUCUACGAGCUUUUGUUCGGAAGAACUCCAUUCAAGGGGCAAGGAAACCGGGCUACUUUGUUUAAUGUGGUUGGCCAGCCCUUGAGAUUUCCAGAGCUGCCUUCUGUCAGCUUUGCAGCCAGGGACUUGAUCAGAGGUUUACUUGUCAAGGAGCCACAGCAUCGUCUUGCGUAUAGGCGGGGAGCAACAGAAGUUAAACAACAUCCGUUUUUCCAAAGCGUGAAUUGGGCACUAAUUCGUUGUACAACUCCACCCCAGGUGCCAAAGCACUACAUAUUGGAGACUCCUGACACACCGAAAGAACCGUUAAACGGGAAGAUGCCGGGCGUUGAUUUGAAGCCUUCGGGUAAUUAUUUAGAGAUUGAUUUCUUUUGAUUCUUAACCUUUUGUUUUCCUCUGAUGAAAAACAAGUGUCCUACUGCUUCAUGUGGUUGCUACAUGUACACAAUGGUUCCUUUCCAUUGCAAGCAUUACAAUCUGGUAGUUCCUGAGAUUUGAGGAAAUGCAAUUGCAUUGAAAAUUUUGAGGAUGUAUACUUGAUGUUUAUGAAUCCCUACUUCGAAUAACCUGUUUAUUUAUCGUUCGCCUUUCGCCCUA